AUGAAAAAGAUGCACAAACUUUACAAGGAAGCCUGUAAUCUGUUUGGACGCUACUCAGCUGCUAAAGCUGCCGCCGCUAUCGCUAAGGCCUUGACAAAUCCUCAGCUCCCUUCUUCCUCAAUGCAGUCUUCCCAGUCAGAUUCAAUUGGCCAAGCAUCUUGUCCCAACACCUCACAGGAUACUAAGCUUCCGGUGGAUAACCUUGCCAACUCAUCCAUUUCACCGUGCCACUCACAAAAUCCUCAAUCUUCGUCUCCACCCCUUUCAGUUGACUCUACCUCUGCGCCCCAAUCCCUUCCAGUCUCACUGCAAAGUCCCAUUUCCCUCGAUCCACCUUCACUCUCCACAUUGCCUUCAUCAUUAACUUCCUUGUCCAGCAAUCCGCAUGAAAAUCAUACACCUAUAGCCUCGCAAGCGGAUUCGCAUGUAUAUUCCGAAGGUGUUCUUCAUCCUUUCGGGUCUAAAGACCCAUCAAACUUAACAAGCAUUUCAGAAGUUAUUAUUUCAGAUCAUGACAAUCAUCAAUGUACUGUUGCUGAGUUAGUUUCUUCACUUUCUUCUCCUCUACCUCCCCCUCCAUCACCACCAUUACCGCAUUCUCGAUCGCCACCACCCCUUCCUGUACAAUUGACAGAGAUUUCCACAUCCGCCUCGUUAUUUGAGCGUAAUCAACAAGCGGGCAAACUUCUUGACUCUGCAAGACGACAGUAA